UUCAACAAAAAUAUCUCAAUUUGUGUUCUGAAGAUGAACGAAAGUCUUAUGGGUGUGGAACGACAUGAGGGUGAGUAAUUAAUGACAUUAUUUUCUAACCCUUUAACAUGUUUUAUCACACUUAGCAUGUUUCAGGACAUUGCUAACAUGAUCUUAACACAUUGUUAGCAUAUGUUAACAUGUUUCUAGCAUGUUUUAGCACAUUGUUAACAUGAUCUUAGCAGGUUUUGUCACGUUGUUAACAUGUUUUAUCACAUUGCUAGCAUUACCAUGUUUUAAUACAUAGCUAGAAUGAUCUUAGCAUUGUUUAACACAUUGUUAGCAUGGUCAUAACAUGUUUUAAUGCAUUUUGCUAACUUGUUUUCGCAUGUUGUUAGCGAGAUUUAGCAUAUUGCUAACAUAAUCUUAACAGGUUUUAUCACAUUGUUAACAUGAUCUUAUUAUGUUAUCUUACUAUGGUCUUAGCACGUUUUAACGUUUUAUCACAUUGCUAACGUUAUUUAGCAUGUUAUUAGCAUUAUCUUAGCAUGUUGCUAACAUGUUUUAGCACGUCAUUAACAUGAUCUUAACAGGUUUUGUCACGUUGUUAACAUGUUUUAUCACAUUGCUAGCAUUAUUUACCAUGUUUUAACACAUAGCUAGCAUUAUCUUAACAUUGUUUAACACAUUGCUAGCAUGGUCAUAACAUGUUUUAACGCAUUGCUAGCAAGUUUUAGCAUAUUACUAACAUAAUCUUAACAGGUUUUAUCACAUUGUUAAUGUGAUCUUACUAUGUAGCUAGUAUGUUUUAACACAUUGCUAGCAUGAUCCUAGCACAUUUUAACGUUUUAUCACAUUGCUAACAUGUUAUUAGCAUUAUCUUAUGUUUUAGCACAUUGUUAACAUGAUCUUAACAUGUUUUAACAUGUUGCUAGCAUGAUCCUUAACAUGUUGUUAACAUAAAUUAGCAUGAUCUUAACAUGAAUUAACAUGACUUAGCAUUUUGAUAGCAUGUUUUAGCACGUUGCUAGUAUCAAUUAGCAUGAUGCUAGCACAUGGCUAGCAUGUUUUAGCUUGUCUUAGGAUAGUUGUUAAACUUUGGAGACAGCAUAAAUACUCCAUAAGAGUUCUUGUAUGAAAUUUUUGACCCCCUCAGUGAAAGUCUAUGGAAAUUUGGUAAUGUUCGGAACUCCAAUAUGGGAAUUCCAUACGCAGAUCAAUUAGAAAAAGAUAUAGCAAACCGAGUCAGAACAGUCUGAGCCGAGUUUGGUGGUUGUAGCUUUAAAGCUUUAGGAGGUAUUGUUUAUUAUUUAGUCUCAGAAGAAGAAGAAGAAGAAGCUCAAAUAGUAGAUCAGUUUGUUGGUUUGACAAAGCAAAAUACAUUGAGAAAGAAAGGCCACAGCCACAUUAUCAUCAGGUUUUGAAUGUGUGUAAAUCUGUCAUCUAUAUAAAAAUGAAAUUUAAAACCAAGUGAUCUUAAGAGUUGCCCGAGGGGAAAAAUGUAAAUGAGUAAAAGAGUAAAGGGCCCAAAAUUGACCCCUGAGGAACGCCAGAUUGAAAUCACACCCACCUCAGACCUGCGUCCACCCAUAGUGACAAACUGCUUACGAUCUGAGAGGCUGGACUUAAACCAGUUUAGUGCAGCAUCAGAAACACCAAUGACAGUCUCUACAUGUGUGAUUAAAAGAGAAUGAUCUACAGUUAAGCACACAAGUUUUUCUUCUGUAAUAAUAUCACAUAAAAUCACUGCAUUGUUAACAAAGUGUGCGUUGAAAAGUGUUGAUUUCAACAGACACGGGAGAAAACUCCUUGAGUUUAAGCGCUGACAGGUUGUUAAAAUGAACCCCAGUAGGCCUACACAAGUCUUUUUUGCACAGAAAUGUAGGAAAAGAGACGGCAUCGGAAGAUGAAUGUGUAAAACUGUCUUGAAGAGUGAUGUAUAUAGCGCUUAGGCCAUCAUAUCUAUUAACACCAUCAGUCAGUGUCGGUGAUGUGAAGUGCUGAGAAUGUCACAAUAUUCUCAUGAGACAAUCACAUUCCAGCUACAGCCACACAUAAACACGUCAUAUAUCAACUCAAACCAGCUGAACACAUCUGUAGGAUUUACUUUGAAACAAUUCACUCAGAAAUUGCUUGUAAAUUUCACAAAUAAUUACAUAGACACAGCAAGUAACAAUGAAAUUUUGAAGUAGAACAACUGAAAUUGUAUUUUCUUGUAAAACAGACUCUAAUAAUCUAUUUACAACUUCAAAAAAUACUUUUUUAUUUACAGUGUACAUGUAAUUUUCAAAUCGAGCAAGUGAUUUAACUAGAAAACAAAUGAUUUCUUUGAAAGAGAAUGUUUAGUGGCUUUGUUGAUUGUAAAGUUGCUUGUUUUACUAGUUUUAAGACUUGCUGUAGAAUCAAGACAAGUAUUCUACAAUUGAGGAUCUCAAAAACAAAAUUAGUAUUUUAUGUAAAUCAAGAUAAUUCGUAGCAUGGCUAAAUAUAACAUUUUGAUAAGAUACACUGCAAAAAAUGUUCUUCCUCAGUGUUUUUGUCUUGUUUUCCAGCACAAACAUCUAAACAUUCUUAAAUCAAGACAAAAUACUGAGGAAAGAACAUCAUUUUUUGCAGCACACAUCACGAAUCUCCCCAAAAAUCUGACAAACAAACGGAGAGAAACAAGCUGAGAAGAGAGCUAAAGGGCUUGAGUUUAUUUGUAAAGCACAUUAAUUCAUCUGUAUGAGGUUAUAUGGAAACAGUGAGCCACACUGACCUGAAAUUACAGUGAGAAGAAAUAGUGACUCUCGCACACUUGCUGGUUAUGUGGCACUGAAGUGCGAGAGCCGCUCGGCCUCCAGAUGACAAUGAUACGUGAGCUAAUGAGAAACUCAGGCCUUCGAACUCGGGCAGGAGUGUCAUGAUCCGCUUUUAAAACAUGUCAAAACCCUGCAAGACUUUCAAGGGCCUGUGCAAGAUUCUUGGCAGGUCCAUAUAAACGCUGACAAGCUGAAGGGAGAGUCAGGCACGAGGAGAAACCUUCCAGAUCACAAGCGCAGAAGCCCGAGGAAACAGACAUGAGAGGUACGACGUAUUCGCAGAAGAGCCUGAGCGUCAGCGGCUCCAGCCGGAUGAGGGUCCAGAGCCCGUCGCCUUCCCGAUGCCGAGGCUCUUCAUACAGCCGUGGCCGGACGGGAUUCCAGGGUCAGGCGGUGGAAGUCGCCACUGAGAUCCAUCAGCACCACGCCAACGAGAAGGAGGAGAUGCAGGAGCUGAACGUGCGCUUUGCUGGAUACAUCGAGAAGGUCCAGGCGCUGGAGCAGAGGAACGCCGCGCUGAGAGCCGAGCUGGAAUCCCUUCAGGGACGCUUUAAGGGAGGACCGACCGGCCUCGGGGAGGAAUACGAACUGAAGUUUAAAGAGAUGAGGGACCUAAUCGAAGCUCUGACUGCUGAGAAGGGCGCAGCUGAUAUAGAGAGAGGCUACAUCGAGGAGGAGGUGGAGGUCUGGAGGCUGAAGCUGGAGGAAGAGCUGGCCAUCAAAGAGGAGGCUGAAAUGAUUCUCCGCGAGUUCCGUCAAGACGUCGACAACGCCACGCUACAGAAGGCCGACCUGGAGAAACGCAUCGAGCAGCUGGUGGCUGAGAUCGAGUUCCUAAAGAAGCUCCACGACGAGGAAGUCGCCGACCUCCUCAAGCAAAUCGAGGAGUCCAAGGUGACGGUGGAGCUGGACUCCGACAGACCCGACCUGGCCGCGUACCUGCGCAACAUGCGCGCGGAGAUCGAGGCCGUGGCCGCCCGCAAUGUCCAGGAGGCCGAAAAGUGGUACAAGGGCAAGUUCGACACUCUGAAAGAGCAGGCCAGCAAACACGAGGACCACAUGAAGACCAUGAAGGACGAGAUCACCUCCUUCCACAACCAGGUCACGGACCUGCAGAACCAGAUCGACGGCCUGAGGGCGCGUAACGCCGCUCUGGAGCAGCAGCUGGAGGACAUGGAGGCCGCGCACCUGGACAAGGCGGCCGGUCUGGAGGACAUCAUCGCCCAGCUGGAGAGCCAGCUGUGCGAGACCAAGAUGGAAAUGGGGAAAUACAUGGCCGACUACCAGGAGCUGCUUCACAUCAAGCUGAAGCUGGACGCGGAGAUCGCCACCUACAGGAAGCUGCUGGAAGGAGAGGAGAAGCGACUUGGGAUCUCUGUCGCCGAAGGUCUGUCUGGAGUGGCGGCAGUGACGGAGGAGAGAACCACGUCUGUGUCCCGCACUGUAGAGACUCACACGGCUGUUGCCUGAGGACUGAUGGAAGCGUCCGACGACUCAAACCCGACUAAACCUGUCCCACUAAACUAACUGAGUUAACUGAGACUCACGAGAAGUAAAACUUUGUCUCAUGUAAAAGAACCGGUACUAAAUAAAGCUUGAGUUCAAUGCA